GCUCCAGCGUUGCAGCUUUCUCAAAGUGACAGGAGCAGCAGCUCAUCUUCCUGCCUCAGCAAUGGCAGAAGCUGUUAUAAGACACUGGGUGGAAACCCCAAUACGCUAUCAGGAGCAAUUUACUGUCCAAGAGCUGGAAGCACACAGACUGGACCACUCUUUAUAUGCUUUGCCGGGCCCUUCUGUACCUACACUGAGCAAGAGAAAGUGUGUUGUAGAAAGCACAGCUGGGACUGUGAAGAGUGGCAAGGAUGAGGGAAGCACACACUUUCAGGUCUUGCUGGAUGUUGUGCAGUUCCGCCCUGAAGAUAUCAUUAUUCAGACUUUCGAAGGCUGGCUCCUCAUCAAAGCUCAGCACGGACCCAGGAUGGAUGAACAUGGUUUUGUAUCCAGAAGCUUUACCAGACAAUAUAAAUUACCCAAUGGAGUGGAAAACAAAGAUUUGUCUGCACUUUUCUGCCAUGAUGGCAUUUUGGUUGUUGAAAUGAAGAACCCAAUGGGAAAGAAUUAG